AUGACAAUUCCAAGCAAUGUCAUUCAGGAAAUCCUGAGUUUUGUUGUCCCUCGAGUUCAAGCUCAUCAUGAGAAAUGGCAGCAUCAGCAAACAGAAUUCAACCGCCCAUUUCUUCUUGCCUUAUCUGGCUUGCAAGGUAGUGGCAAGUCAACUUAUGCCAGUCAGCUUGCAUUAGCUUUGGAACACGAACACCAGUAUAGGGUGAUUGUAUGUUCCCUCGACGACUUUUAUCAUGAUCACGAGACUUUGGUCAAGAUCAAAAAUCAAAAUCGGGAUAACGGACUACUACAAGUACGAGGACAACCGGGCACACAUGAUGAAGAACUUGUGAGCCAGUUUUUUCAAUCACUCACUACUGGUAUCGUCAAGAUUCCGGCAUUUGAUAAAAGCAGAUUCCAGGGUGAAGGAGAUCGGGUUCCAGAAGAAGAUUGGAGAGUUUUCACUCCGAGUAAAGAUAAUGUACUGGAUAUUAUUAUCUUCGAAGGAUGGUGUGUCGGAUUCAAAUCAUUAGAAAGAGAUGAGCUCGAGCGAAAAUGGGAAAGUGCGCGGAAAGAACCUCAGACGGCGAGGUUGGGUGAAGAUGCGACAUUCCCAAUAAACACAAUUCAAAAUCAUCCCCUCAGUCAUCUCAAGAUGAUCAAUGAUAAUCUUCGUCGGUAUAAUACGACGUUUAUGAAUCCAGCAAACUUCGACGCUUUGAUUCAUCUCGAUACGGAAGAGCUGGUCAAUGUUUAUAGGUGGAGAAUAGAGCAGGAGCACAAUAUGUGGAAAGUAAAAGGUGCGGGUAUGACUGAUGCAAGUGUUGUGCAGUUUGUUCAGGGUUAUAUGCCUGCUUAUGAAUUGUAUUUGCAGGAGUUGCAGAGAAAGCCAUUUGUUCCACGAAAAAGUGAGAUGGCCUCAAGUACACAGUUACGUCUUGUUUUACAUAGAGAUAGAAGUGUUCUGAAAUAUGAAGAAUUCUGA